GGGACAGAGGUGGCCGGAAUGCUCGGCACGCUGCCGCCCCUCACCUGCUCCCGUCGCAGCGCGGUCGGCGUGGCGACGCAUGGCUCGGUCCGGGGCAGCCGACAGCUUCACCUCAUCCCCGGGCAACGGUCAGCCGCUGCCGCGCGUACUUCCGGCGCGCUGCAUUGUGGGCCGUGAGGGCAUAGAGUGGGUGGUGGAGGGCAGCGGGAAGUGGUGGCUGUGGCGGCGGUGGCGCAUGCGCGUUCGGAAACUGCAGAAAUGACUAACCGGGAAGAAGCCGAGACACAAAUAUCAGAAUUAGAUUUACUCUCCAGCAUGUUUCCAUAUGAGGAAGAGUUCACUGUGACUGACCAGCUGGCUGUGGCAGAACUAAAGCACUUCGUUGAAAAUGAGGCUGCGGAGGUGCCGUCUUCAAAGAUUCAGUUUAUACUGAACGUGAAGCUAGAGGACCCUAAUGCCUCUAUGGUAAAAUUUUCUAUGGUCUGUGCUUUACCGUUUAAAUACCCAUCAGUUCUGCCAGAAAUUACUGUGAGGUCACCAUUAUUGAGCCGCUCUCAGCAAGUCCAGCUGAACUCAGAUCUAAAAACAUAUUUGAUGCAGAACUGCAGUGGUGAGCCUUGCCUGUUGAGUGCCAGAGAAUGGGUUAAAGACCAGGCAGCCGCUUACAUUGACAGAGAACUUUCACCUUCCUCGGUGACGACAUCUAAUGCUGUGCGGUCAGAGGAUGUCGUUUUCACUAGAUUGUGGAUCUAUAGUCACCAUAUUUACAACAAGCAAAAAAGGAAGAAUAUUAUAGAAUGGUCCAAGGAACUAUCUCUGUCAGGAUUUUGCAUGCCAGGGAAACCAGGUGUUGUUUGUGUAGAAGGUCUGCAAAGUAACUGUGAAGAGUUCUGGUCAAGAAUAAGAAGAUUAACAUGGAAAAGAAUACUAAUUCGGCACAGAGAAGAUAUUUCUUUGCAAGGUGGAUGUCUUGCUGAGAUUCAGAAACAAAGAAAAUUCUCCACUUUGGAAGAAAAAUGUUUCGAUGCACAUGGUGCUAGAGGAAAUCAUAUGGAUUUGGGGCAGCUGUAUCAAUUUUUAGAAGAAAAAGGAUGUGCUGACAUUUUUCAAAUGUACUUUGGGGUUGAAGGGCAUUAAAUCAUCACAGGUCCAACUGCCUACAUUUCUAACUUAAUCCUCAUAGCAGAUUCCUAAGCUUUUCCACAACAGUUGAUCAGAGAAGAAAUGAGUGAUUCUUAAUAUGAUGAAUUCAGUUUUCUAAGAGAACAAGUAUUCAGUGACAACCGAAUAAUGAAAAUGACUGAAUGAACGGACACCUGGAUGCUUUCCUUUGCGACCUGCUGUAGGGAACUGCUUUAGCAGGGGGCUGGACUCAAUGAUCUCCAGACAUCCCUUCCACCCCCUGUGAUUGUGUGGAUGUGUUAUUAGAGCUGCUGAUUUUAAGGACCUUUGCAUACACACCGAAUUACAAAGACUGUCUGGCAGCCAAAGGGGUAGAAUUACAGAAUGUGGGAUUGUAGUGAGUGAAUAUGUGAGUAGGAAGAAGAGAAAAAGGUGCGUGCAUUGGAGGAGAAGAAAUAGGAUGUUUACGUGAUUUAUUACUGUUUACGUAUGCUACACUCAGACUUUCCUAACAACGUUUUCUAUUGAUUUCUACAUGAAAGUUUGUGCAGCUGUGAGAUCAAUACAUUUUUCUUAAAAAAUAAGAGCAGGCUCAGGUGAGCCUUAUUUAUGCAGAUA